CGGCCUAAAACCUGCUCCGGCGGCUCUGGUAACCGCAGCCGCCUGAGUGGCCUCCUUCCCGGCCACCCCCGCAGGGAUCCGGCUGAGGAGGAAGCGGAGGUGUCGCUGGCCUCGGCCUUUGCCUUGAUCCUCGCUGGACAUUCAAGGGGUACUACAGGUUAUGGGUUCUACAUGUGUGCUUUCAGAGCAGUAGUGUGAGGAAGCUUGAAGUGGGAUGGCAGGACGGCCUCAUCCCUAUGACAGUAACUCCAGUGAUCCAGAGAACUGGGAUCGGAAAUUGCAUAGUAGACCUCGUAAACUUUAUAAACAUUCAAGUACUCCCUCACGUGUUGCUAAAGGAGGAGUUGACCACACCAGAAUGAGUCUACAUGGUGCUAGUGGGGGACAUGAGAGAUCUAGAGAUAGACGAAGGUCAAGUGACAGAUCACGAGAUUCAUCUCAUGAAAGAACAGAGUCUCAACUCACUCCUUGUAUUAGAAAUGUUACUUCUCCAACACGACAGCACCAUGUUGAACGAGAAAAAGAUCACAGUUCUUCUCGUCCAAGCAGUCCUCGUCCUCAAAAGGCAUCCCCAAAUGGUUCCAUUAGUAGCACUGGGAACGGCAGCAGAAACAGUAGUCAGUCAAGUUCAGAUGGUAGCUGUAAGACAUCUGGGGAGAUGGUGUUUGUAUAUGAAAACGCAAAAGAAGGAGCUCGGAAUCUAAGAACAUCAGAACGAGUGACACUAAUAGUGGAUAACACUAGAUUUGUUGUAGACCCAUCCAUUUUUACUGCACAGCCAAAUACCAUGUUGGGCAGGAUGUUUGGAUCUGGCCGAGAACAUAACUUCACACGUCCUAAUGAGAAGGGAGAGUAUGAGGUGGCAGAAGGAAUUGGUUCUACUGUGUUUCGAGCUAUUCUG